GGCGCGCGUGAGGAAGGAGCGACGCGCACAGGUGGAGCCCUCUGGCCGCGGAGCCCGCUUUUAAUUGGCUGUCAUCUCGUGGAAGGAGCCUCCAGGAACUCGCGGGCGGUGACGGGGAGCAUCGCCUCCGCCGCUCCCACCUUGUCUUAUUGUCACGCGCCGCUGUUGGGCUGUUGUUCGCGUCCGCUCCCCGCGUCACCUUCACGGAACACCUGGGAUGGAAAAACUUUGUCUGCCUCGUCUGGACCGCAGUAAAAAGUCCCACGGAAGAAUGAAGUAACCGCUAUGGAGCCGGAAAAUGCCCCGCACUCCAAACACAGAGCCGCUGGAGUCGGGGGGACAGUUCUGAUUCUUUGGGCGGUUUCCUGCUGCACCUGCUCCUUCAGGCUCACGCAAGCGCAGGAUGUGGACGUUCUGCAGCAGCUCGGCCUCUCGGGCCCGUCGUCCUCAGGACUGCGACCCGUCCCCGACGGCGUCAUCCCCUUCAGGUCCGGAGUCAUCCUCACCCCCAGGGCCCGGAUCCAGGUGCCGUUGCCCGCUGUUCUCCCCGCUCCCUUCAGCGCCGCCAACCUGUCGCUGGUCCUCAGCCUGUCUGUCCAUCGCGUCAACAGCGCCUUUCUCUUCUCAGUCCUGUCCAAGAAGCGUAAAGUGCAGCUGGCAUUGCAGUUCUCACCCGGGCAGGUUCUGGUGCACGUGGGCCCGCGGAGCCCCGUGACCUUCGACUACGACGUGCAUGACGGCCAGUGGCACAGCCUGGCCGUGCAGGUGCGCGGCCGUCAGGUGUCCCUGCACACGUCCUGUGGAGCCAACAGCCUCCAGGCCCGUCUGCAUCCUAGCAAAGACGAGGCCCUGGACCCAGAGGGGUUCUUCCUCCUUGGAAAAAUGCACCAUCACUCGGUGGCGUUUGAAGGCGCCAUCUGUCAGUUUGACAUCUAUCCCUCUGCGAAGGCAGCUCAUAAUUAUUGCGAUUACAUUAAGAAACAUUGCAGAGACGCCGACACUUAUCGGCCCGUGUUUCCGGCUCUUCUACCUCUGUUUUCCACAGAUCCGAACCUCACUGUCGCUCGUUUAACUCCGCUGUCACAGACCGAGCGCUCCAGAAAAGGCCAGAGGCCGACUCUGACGCCGGCUGAGGAAAACGCUAGCACUGCUGUCGUUCCAACCGAUGGCUCCCUGAUAAAGACCAAAGCAUCUGUAGAUCAGACUGUGAGCGCUCACAAACCUGCGACUCUGUCUGUUUCUUCACUGGUUCAUUCCGGCUUCGAAAGCCCAUCAAAGUUUCAGACUCAAACUGUUACUACAUCGUUUUGGAUCAAACCAGAACCAACUUCCCAUGCCGGGAAGAGCACGAAGCGAAAGGAUCCAAACUCCCAGAAACCUGUACCUGCGUCCACCCGGCGGUCGAACGUCCGGCCCACGGCCUCUUCCCGCGAACAGCAGUCGACCACAGUGGGUCCAACGGCGCCGGAGCCAGAACCCACCUGGGCCACAGCCACUUCAGCUGCAGCGGAUGGCUUCCAAACCUCUGAGCUGGAGCCCACCCAGUUCUCCCUGCUGCCUGGAUCACCUGGACUGAAGGGAGAGCCGGGUCCACAGGGCCUUCAAGGACUUCCAGGGUUGCCAGGAAAGCCAGGGAAGAGGGGUCCACGUGGUCCUCCAGGUCCUCAUGGGAACCCAGGACGUCCUGGACCACCUGGAGGGAAGGGGCAAAAAGGAGAUCCUGGUCUGUCCCUCGCUCAAGCCCCGAAAGGACUAAAAGGAGAACCUGGUGUCACGGGUCCCAGCGGAACGCCUGGUCAGCGUGGACGAAAGGGACACAAAGGUCAUCCCGGUCCUGCUGCUCUCCCAGGGGAACCUGGUGAGCGAGGAGCAGAUGGAAGCCCCGGGGCCAAAGGCUAUCCUGGCAGGCAGGGUUUACCUGGACCUGUGGGGAAAAUGGGGCCAAAAGGAGUGAGAGGUCACAUUGGGAUCGCUGGACUUUUUGGCCUUUCUGGUCCUGAUGGUGAGAGAGGAACUCCUGGCGUUCAUGGAAGGAAGGGCGAGAUGGGUAGGCCGGGGUUUCCUGGUGACUUUGGAGAGCGGGGACCUCCUGGCCCUGAUGGGAAUCCAGGUGAACUAGGAGCUCCGGGCCCGUGUGGAGUCUCUGGGCUAAUUGGAGACAUGGGCCCUGUUGGCAUGAUUGGCUUGGCAGGGCCUCCAGGACUUAAGGGAGUACCAGGAAACCCAGGGGAACCAGGACUGAAAGGUGAUAAGGGGGACGUUGGAUUACCUGGAGUGUCAGGAGAGUGUGGUUUUCAAGGGGACAAGGGGACUCAAGGCUCACCUGGGUCACCAGGUCCUUGUGGAAAAGCUGGACCGCAGGGCAAACCUGGGGAAAAGGGCCCUGAUGGUUUACCUGGUCCUCCUGGUCCAGAGGGUUUUCCAGGUGACAUUGGGUCACCAGGACAAAAUGGACCCGAAGGACACAAGGGGAAGCAAGGAACCAGAGGUUUUCCUGGUCCCAGAGGAACGCUUGGACUUCAGGGCGAUGAAGGACCGCUUGGGCCAGCUGGACUCGCUGGACACGAGGGCAAACCUGGGAGGCAGGGAUUUGCUGGACUGCCGGGCCCAGAAGGACCCAAGGGUGAAACUGGGAUAACUGGUGAGGUCGGGAAGCUCGGAGACAGGGGAUCGCCUGGUUUCAUUGGGCCUGCUGGAGAAACGGGCCUUGCCGGAGAAAAGGGAGACCGAGGGAAAAUGGGUGUUCCUGGGCCUCCCGGUGAACUAGGUCCAAUGGGUCACGCUGGGAUACCUGGAGAGACUGGGCCACCUGGAACACAAGGAAUCCCAGGGCCACGUGGUUCUCGGGGAUCCAUUGGCAUAAGAGGAGUCAAAGGCCUUAGGGGUCCAAUUGGUGCUGACGGGCCAGUGGGGGAGAAGGGGUCUCCUGGACUAAAGGGUCUUGAUGGUCCAACAGGAAAAUUGGGCCUCUGUGGGGAUAUGGGAAAGCUUGGUGAGCCAGGUGAAGCUGGGCCUAAGGGAUUUCCAGGUGUUCAGGGACCCUCAGGACCUCCAGGAGCCAAAGGAGUUGCAGGAGAACCUGGACCGGGAGGGCCACCGGGCAUGAUUGGACCACUGGGGGAGAUGGGGCCAAUGGGGCUGCCGGGGAAGGCUGAAGAGAGAGGACUGCAAGGUGAACCUGGAGAAAAGGGGGAUGUUGGUGUUCCUGGAAACCUGGGGGAGCAGGGUCUUAUUGGCCAGAGAGGAGAGUCAGGUAUUGAUGGGGAGGCUGGACCAAGUGGACCGGAUGGAUCCAAGGGGGAAAAGGGUGAAUCUGGACCAGAAGGCGCUAAAGGAGACAGGGGUGACUUUGGUCUGAAAGGAAAGGACGGCGCUGCUGGUCCUCCUGGACUGGUGGGUCUUACGGGUCAAGAGGGUAAACCUGGAAAAAUCGGUGAAAUGGGAAAAGCGGGAGAAAAGGGGAGCAAAGGUCAACAAGGUCACCUGGGCUAUACCGGGUUCGUCGGUGAGCGGGGAGAGAUCGGGUUUGUGGGACAGAAGGGAGCGAGAGGAACCACUGGGCUGGUGGGAGCUCCAGGAAGGAUGGGCCAGCAAGGACAACCGGGCCUACCAGGAUACAAGGGUCACAUGGGGCUGCAGGGAUCAUUGGGACCGCUAGGACCAAAAGGUGAAAAGGGUGAGCAGGGGGACAGAAGCCAGGUUGAAGGUCCUCAAGGUGCUCAGGGUGACAGAGGUCUUCUUGGAGACAGAGGGGACAGAGGAGAGCCAGGUGACCCAGGAAACACAGGUCCAAUAGGUUUGGAUGGAAAGAGGGGUGCGUCUGGUGCUCCAGGCAUUUCUGGGAAUCCUGGGCCGAAGGGACACCCAGGCCUGAAAGGAUCUAAAGGUGAUCAAGUAAGGACACAAGGUCAGAAAGGAAAAGCAGGAGCAACAGGCGCCGCUGGAACCAAUGGACCACCAGGUCCAGAGGGUCCCCUCGGCCCACGUGGAGUAGUGGGCAGGGAGGGCAUGGAGGGGCUGCUUGGAAUGGAUGGACUUCCUGGUAAAGAUGGACAUUCAGGGGUCAAGUCUUUGUAUCAGGGGGAGCAAGGAGAAGAUGGAGAAGGGGGCCUACCUGGAAAACCUGGGCAGCAGGGGGAAACCGGGGGGACUGGGCUUCCUGGAGGUCAAGGAUCUUUUGGGUCAAAGGGCGACAGGGGUCUUCCAGGCCAAACCGGUCCACUGGGAAAAAGAGGAGGUGUUGGUGGGAUGGGAUUGCCAGGAAAACAAGGAGACCACGGACUUAAAGGACAACCAGGAGAUAUCGGUGCACAAGGAUUCCCAGGAGUGUUGGGUCUGUUUGGACCAAAGGGGCCACCAGGAGAAGCUGGUCCAGCAGGGAUCCAGGGACCCAGAGGACCACGAGGUUUAAAGGGAAUGGAGGGAGCCGUGGGCCCCAUCGGCAUCGUUGGCCCCAGCGGUCACCCCGGACCUCAGGGUGACAAAGGAAGUCGGGGGGAGACGGGGCAGCAAGGACCAAGGGGAUCUCCAGGUCCUCGUGGGCCCCCCGGACCCCCAGGAUUUUCCACUUCUGCCCUUUUACUCAGAAACGAGGCUCUUGGUGUCGCUUUUCAAGUCCUCAUCGAUUCUCAUGCUGCACUGAGGCAGGAGCAUUCUCACAGCAUGGACCUGCCCAUGUUGGACCAGGGCACAGAGAUUUUCAAGACCCUGCAGCACCUCAGCUCUCUGAUCCAGAGUUUAAAGAACCCGCUGGGGACCCGCGACAACCCGGCCAGAAUCUGCCGGGACCUCUACAGCUGUGAGCAGAGGCUGCGCGACGGCGCCUACUGGAUCGACCCGGACCUCGGCUGUGCCGCCGACGCCAUUGAGGCGACCUGCAACUUCACCGCUGGAGGACAGACCUGCCUGAAGCCGGUCACCGCGUCCAAGCUGGAGAUAGGAGUGGGUCGCAUCCAGAUGAACUUCAUCCACCUUCUGAGCUCUGAGGCUGUGCAGCACAUCACCAUCCACUGCCUGAACACGCCCAUAUGGGCUUCAGGCGCCUUCCUGCAGCCUUCAACUGGGGCGGUGAGCUUCAAGGCCUGGACCGGUGAGAGGAUCCAGGCAGGAGACCUCCUGGAGCCGCUCAUACCCAGGGACGACUGCUGGAUUAAAGAUGGCCGCUGGCAUCAGACCCACUUCAUCUUCCAGACGCAGGAUCCAGACUUACUCCCCAUUGUGGAUGUGUACAAUCUACCUACGACGGAACCGGGCGCACGCUAUCACAUCGAGGUCGGACCUGUGUGCUUCUUGUAGGAAACACUCCAACCAGUAAGGAGGAUGUGGAGGGACAGAUGGGGGAAACUGGUGUGGUUCUCACAUUGUACCCCCUUUCUCUACACGACAUAUGCUUGGACUGCAGAAACAUGAGGGGAAGCCAGACACAGAAGGACCAUGUUGAACUAAGGCCUCUGGUGCUAAUAAGCCUGUGGAGAAUGACACCGAACAAGAGAAUUGGUGCGACUCAAAACCAGGAUUCUGCUUUUGGAAGGACGUGAUAGGAGAGUCUCCCUUUAGUCUCUCAGGCUCAAGUUCUGCAAAGCUCUGUACUGACGGUGAACCAGUCCUUCAACUUCGCAGCCUUCAGGGUGCGCAGCAUCUGCAUCGUAUCAAUCAGCUGUGUCCAGGUACGUCGGUGCGACCCCACGUUUACGCGCAUGUCACCGCGUGAACACCUGCUGCUUCGUGAGCUGAAGUCCAGGUCGAUAAGGAGCGAACAGAUGCUACCUCGUACUGCACCUCAUCUCGCUGCCAAAAGGACAUUAUCGGACCGAAUGAGGACGACCCGGAGGCGACGCCUGAUGCUGUGACAGCUGAAGCUCGUCAGCAUCUGCUUUAAGUAAAAGUGAGGACUGUCAGAUACAUGCAGUAAAUUAUACUUCAGUGGAAUAUUUUAACACACAAGUAGUAUUUGUAUGAGUCUGACACCAAGUUAAUUUUUGUGUCAAAAUGUAUAAUUAUGCAACUGUAUCAGUGGAUUCUAUUUAAAUUUAUUUAAAUUGUGAUUAGCUUUCAAGUUCAAUCGAGGCAUCAAGGUCACUUUCAACUACAUUUUGUAUUUUUAUUAUGAUUCAAACCAUCCCAUGUGAUCUGUUGUAAUUUAGGACAUCAGCCUUAUUUACUGUUCAAGCAUGUGUUUCUAGAAGGUACAGCAAUUCUGGUUGGAUCUUACCAAUGUAUGAACUCAGAGGAUUUCUACCUGGACAGUGUUUUGGUCCAUACCAGACUCAGACUCAACAGAUAAUUCAAUAAAUGUCUGAACCUGUAGUGACGAGAAGCUUGUAUUUGUCCCCAUCCAAUAAUUGUUCACAGCAAAGCUUCAUUUCAGUUUUUGUGUUCACGCUUCUGUCACCUUCGGUCUCAAUGGACAUGAAAUGGAUAUAAAACACAGGCACUCUUGCAGGUUUCAAGUAUGUAUUACAGGUCUCAUAUACUGUAUUAAAGUACACGUUCUUAUCUUGGGCA